AGUCAGUCCAUGUAGGCUUCUGACGUUUACGUGACAUCGUUUUUCUCUCUAUUCUGCUCAAUUGCCGUGAUUGUUCAUAUCUUGCGAGUUUUUGAACAUCUGCCUCGGACGGAGCCAUGUUUAUUGCAUGUGCGACGGCCCGUAUCGGUAUCCUACCGGCCGCCGACGCCGGAGCCGAUUGACGACGGGACAUUUGUGAUACCGCUGUCGGAAGUCUGGGACUUUGUUUGUGAGAUGAUGCGUGGUUUUGUACGAUGUCGAGUAUUGGUUGGUAGCGAAGAAUGACGUCCAUGGUCUAGGUACUGAAUGGUCGCGUGUUGAAGGUCGAGGGUGAACCUUGCAGAAGGCGAGGACUUCGUUUCUUUGUCAAACCCUAUUGUUUGGCUGCCUCCUUGGUUGCUUUCUUCAUCUACGCCUUGUGCUUUGCGGAGACGUUUGCCAAGCCACUGAAUGCCUCCCAUUUGUUGAAGACCCAGUAUCUAACCGAGUCUUGAAGUGGUGUAUGUUUAAACAGGUUCGUAUCCCACUGCAAAAGUGCGGCUCUUUCGCGGAUCACAGUAGCUUAAGCCACCGCCGGCGUUCAACAACACCCACCUGUACGAUUUCGGACUUUUACUAACUGCGAUGCUCCGUUAAACCUUUGCGUCAUCAUGUAUCUAGGCGAGUAAUGGAAGGCUCGUCCCGUGUUCUCGAAGUCCUCCUGCAUUGUCACGGGCGAUUCAAAGCGAUUGGCUUUGAGGAUGGUUACGUACCAUUCGCCUUGAAGCACAUGAAUCUCAACGGCGUGUAUAGGCCCUUUUUGAUCCGUAACCAUCGUAUCGCAGUCAACAUCAAUGUAGUGACAUCACCUGUUUGUUAAGAGAACAAACUUGUUCAGCAGUCCUUCUCAAGCCACAACUGCGUACAGUCUACGAACGAAAAUUAGACGUCGUGAUGACGAUAAACUAUGGAAACCGGGAAAGUAUCCUCGGCGUGCAUGUGGCUUAUAUUCAUAGUUAUCAGCUUUAAUGUACUAUGUGAAGGGGUAAAAUGAAACAUGCUCUGGCGCUAAGAGGUAUAUGUAAGAGAGAAGUUACCCGAGUUGAUUCAAAGCCGAAAUCACAAUGUUUGCAACUGGAUAUCUCUAAUAGUCGCUACUCAAACCCCUCAAGGAAGACGCUUGCCCGAACGCGUAGCCUGACCAACUUCAGAGUUGGUAGUAUCCUCGGCAUAUCUCUUAUACGCAAUGAUGUAUCGGUCAUCUGCACUCCAGGUCUCCUUCACACUAUCACGGUUGAGAAUUGCAUCAUACCACUUCUUCCACCUCUUCCAAAUCUCCCCAUCUUUACCUUCGCCAGACUCCGGGAUACCAUGGCCGCCCUCCUUGUAGUGAUCAAUUAAGAACAGGCGCUUCGCCCAUGGUGCUAAGCAAACAUCCACGAGACUCAGAGUCGAGCCGAGAAACCAUGGGCCUUCAAGGUCCAUCUCCUCAACUAGAGACUUGAUGCGUCCUCUCAGUUCUUCUCUUGCCUCAUCAAGGCUAAAAGGCUUGUCGGGAGUGUGCUGCAUGAGCUUGUACCAUGAGGGAAUGAUGCGUGUGCUGAUAUGAUCGAUCCAAAUACGACAUCUUGCCCUCUCAUAUGAAUCGGUAGGAAGAAGUCGAGGCCCAUACUUAGACUCGUCCGUGAACGCCUCAUCGAGAUAUUCACAAAUGAUGUUGCUCUCGAACAGAGGCUUCUGCAGCUUGCCCUUCGGGUCAACGGGUACUGCAAGAGUAGGGACCAAUCCACGGGGAUUCAUGGCCAUGAAGUGAGCCUCUUUCUUGUAUGGGUUGAUCUCUACAUAUUGAUGAGGAAUCUUCUUUUCGUGAAUAGUGAUCCAAGUUCGUUGGACGAAAGGGCAGAACCAGCCUCCGUAGAGCUUCAGCGGAUGCUCUUCAGCAUGCUGAGCAGCAAACUUGGCGGCUGCGCCAGUUGGUUCUGGAGGUAGAGAAGUGUCGACGUUUGUCAUGAUGGAUCUAGUUCUAAUAUUUAUGAAUCUUGUUUCUCUUGAUGAAGUUGAAAGCAGAGCUCGCAAGAAAUAGGUUUGUUGCAUGUCUAACGGCGGUGAUGGGCUGAGGUCAAGUUAAUGACGUCGAAGCAAAGGUGGAGUUUAUCAAGAGGAAAUGGUUGGCAGACAACAUCUUGUUCAAUAAUUACGCUGCACAACCGUCAUUAGAAUUGUGAUAUGUAUUUCUAGACCUCCAGUCAGUCUUGAUAUCUCAAGACUUAUACAUAUCGGUGGGAAAUUCUUACAGCGAGCGUUUGGCUGACCAUGACUUCCAUCCAUUGAAGCCCACCCUGGAGCAGUUGAGCUUAGACGUUAUGACAUAUGAUAAACAGUGCACGAUGGUAUUUGACACCGUCUUCUUAUCAUUAUCGCAGCUAUCGAGUCAACCAAGCCAUUGUAUUCCACCAACUGUUACAAACUAAACCAUAAAAUGUCAGACUCAAGAACGUCGCGGUUCACACCGCAGAACAAAACCACCAAUGAACGACUCUCCACGCAUACGGUCGGUCUCGUUGCCCUCUCCGAUUUUCGCAAACGACGCGCCGAAGUCCUUGAACAACAGGAGCGCGAAUCUCGAGAAGCUGCGUUUUCAGGCACGUCCACUCCGGAUGCUUCCUUAGCAGGCACUCCUGACAACGCUGGCAGUGAUACAGGAAGUGGCGCGCAACCAUUGAAGAAGAAGAAAAAGAAGCAAGGGAAGAAGCUGCUGUCGUUUGACGAUGAAGAGGGUGAGGAUGAGGGACCAUUGAUAAAACCGACAAAGGCCAAGAAGUCCGGCGCAGUCGAUACCGAAGGCAAUGAAGGCGAGGUCAAGACCAAAUUCAAGGCAAAUGCUUCGGUGGGUAUAGUACCCAAAGCCAUGACGAAAGCUGCAUUGCGCAAGGAAGCCGCUGAACGAGACGCAUUACGUCGCGAAUUCUUGGCUAUCCAAGUAGCCGUCAAAGCGACCGAGAUUGCGCUACCUUUCGUAUUCUAUGACGGGACUAAUAUUCCUGGUGGAAUCGUCAGAUUGAAGAAGGGCGACUUCAUAUGGGUGUUCCUUGAUAAAAGUCGCAAAGUUGGCGCCGAUUUGGGCGUGGGUGAAAAGUCCAAUGCAAGGAGGGAAUGGGCUAGAGUUGGAGUGGACGAUUUGAUGCUUGUUCGCGGAACAGUCAUUAUACCUCACCAUUAUGACUUCUACUUUUUCGCCAUGAACAAGACACCCGGUCCUGAUGGCGAGCCUGUAUUUAAGUACAGUGCGGAACCUCCUCGAAAACCCGAAUCGAUCGAUAAUGCCGAACCCAUUGAUCCUCUCGUCAUGCCCGCCUCUAAGGCUGCUGUUGCAGACGCGCUUCCCGAUAUUAACACCCUUGAGGGCGCUGACGAAGAUCCCGCUCUUACUAAGGUUGUUGAUAGGCGGUGGUACGAGAAGAACAAACAUAUCUUUCCUGCGAGUAUGUGGCAGGAGUUUGAUCCCGAGAAGGACUACGGGAAGGAGGUGAGGAAGGAUGCUGGUGGUAAUACGUUCUUCUUCUCGCGCUGAGAUGGUGCUGUCGACUGUCACAAAACAUCGAUAUGUGCUUGGAAGUGGGUUGUGGCGGCUCCUUGGGCGUUGGAUAUAUCACGAGUGGAUCACCUUUUGAGUUUGGCUGAGAGGUAAUAGAGACACCCAAAACGCGUGGGAAAAGCUUCAACCGAGGAGCAUCCAGCCUGCCCAGCACGCGCCUGCGAGCACCCACCAUCCAGGCCAGAAGAGCAUGAGGAAGACUAGAUUCCCGCUGCCGAGAAUGAAGACGGCGAAUUCGUACCAGAGCUUUUUUCGUAAUCUCUGGACAUUCUUGGAGUUCCAUGCACUGGCGACGGCUUGGGUAGACAUGUUGAAACUGUGAAAAGCGCUAUACUUUGCUGCGAUGAAGGCGUUUAGGGACACGAUCUUGCUCCCCUGGAGGACGGCGACGAACGCGCUGCUCGCGAUGAUGCAGGCAUGGAGGCAAAGGAAGAUGGAGAUUGAGCCGACAAGGCUUUGGAAGCGAAGGGCAAUUUGUAGUGACGGAACGAUCAACCUGGUGAUGUCGGAGCGGGGAUGGGUCGAAACGUUCAGAUCCACUUUGGAAGCGGUUAGAAGUGUAGCUUUGUCCAUGAUCUCGAUCUGGGAAUGGAGUCUCGAUUAAGUACCGAAAUGAACCAACGGUAGAUCGAGGCUUGCAACAGCACAAGAAUAUCAGAGAAAAAACGAGAAUGUCUUUGACCGUUCAGCAACCCCCACCAUCUGCAGCAUUAAUUGACUCUUUGGUGUUUAUAUAAAUUAUCUUGAAUUCCAACCCCCACUCUGCAUCUCCAUAGCAUCCCCAACGCCUCCCGCAUCCAACGGCAAACGCGAGGCUUUUUACCGUCUAGAACGGUCACAAGCUCGAAACUCUACAACCACAUUUCGCCUCUGUCAAACGUAACUUGCUGAGAUGAAGCCUCAGGCCCGCUUCAAGCCCCUCAUCCCGUGCAAAGUGAGCGAUUGAAGGGCUGCAACACGACGGCCCACGGCGACACGUGGGCCCGCUGAUUCGUUGCUCGGGAGACUCUUAUUGACAAUUGAAUAGCGAGCGCGGGAUGGCCUCGAUGCCGGAUCUAGAUAGUGGGUGAGAUCUUCAAGACCCUGAGUAAGGGACUUUGCUGCACGUGGGAGUGAAAUCGUCUUUUGGGGGAGUCAGAGUUAAACAAACAUGGGAAAGUCAAUCGUGUGGAAUAGCAUAGCUCGGCGUCUAAGGUAAGCUAUUGUAUGGAGUGCAGCGGGAGCCAAGCCCCAAUGACAGGCUCCACGUGGGAACCUGGCUGCCGUCGUUCGCUCGUUGAGGCCGGAGUGACAACUGAUCGUCGACCGUUCCAGGUUUUAACGAUCGGGGGAUCGCCGAGACGGAGCACGGCAUUUGCAAACCGUAGUCCGGGUUCGUAAAAUGGUAGCAACGCCUGGCUACGAAUAAUAGAGAACCGACAUGCUUUCAGAGCAGGUCUAUCAAUUCCUGUUAAUGAGUCACCGACUCGAAGGACAGUCGGAUGCU